AUGGAGUUUGAGUCGUCAAGUGAGAAUCUGACCUUGUCAAACAUUGGAUGGGGGAUUAUAGAGGUAGAGCCGGUGAAGAAAGCAAAGAUCCUUAACGAUGAAAUGGCACAUAUCUGUUACAUUGUUAUCAAAAGUUUCUUAUACGAUCUCUUUGCUGGGUUUGGCAUUGUGACGAACAUCUUUAACCUGUACAUAUUCACAAAGCUCGGCUUCAAAGACACGGUUAACGUUACUCUGUUUGGCCUGACGUUGUCCGAUCUGGGCAGUCUACUCAUCUUGUUCUGGAUGGGUAUCUGCCACAACCCGCUGUUCACCUACUCCGAUGUCCACUUCGACACUUUGUCCGUGACCUACCUGUCUGGGGGCUGGCCGAAGCUUUACUUCACUCGAGUCACCAGCUGGAUCACCGCCUUUGUCGCCCUAGAACGAUGCCUUUGUAUCGCCCUUCCCCUCAAAGUCAAAACCCUCUUGACCCCUCGACGAGCCUGCUACUCUGUGAUAGCGAUAUUUCUCGUUAUCGGUUCCACAAUGCCCCCAGUUUACAUGACGACUGGUUUGGACUGGAAGUGGUACCCCAAACGCAAUAAGACUCUUCUUGGUCUCGUCUUCACAGAAGGCAAACAAGGCGUCUACAAUGUAGUCGUCGCUAUCAACCUCUUCUUCACAGUCGGCUCUUUCUUCUUCGUCAUUGCCUGUACCCUUAUCCUGGUUAUCAAUCUGAAACUCAAAACGAAAUGGCGGGAAUCCGUGGCUGGCCCACCGGGAAAACAAGCGGCUGCAAGCUCUUCGCGUGAUAAACGAGUAAGCACCAUGGUCGUUUUUCUCUCCAUCCUCUUCGUCGUCUGCCUCUUCCCCGGCACUGUUCUCUUCCUGGUCAUGAUCUUCGAGCCGGACUUCAACAAAGGCGAGGCCUACCACAACCUGUUCACCACGGUGUGGGGUGUCUGCCAUCUCUUCGAGGCCGCUAACUCCUCUCUGAACAUUUUUGUCUACGUCAAGAUGAGCUCCAAGUACAAGCAGGUGUUUAUAACGAAAUUCUGGUGUCUGAGAAGUUGCGUGAUGGACGAAGCUGAAGAAACGAAGAAGUUCUCGUCCCAUCAGGACUCCACAAGGAUCUCUUCUGUCUCCAACAACGAUUGA